ACCGACUUCUUUUCUGCCGGCCUUUUCACGACCAGCCCAGGAAAAAAUACCAGACCGCAACAAACAGCCACCUUUCGUCGCACAACGCAGCCUCUGCAUUCGGGCUUCCAUCGAGGCUCCCGCCAGGUGUGCGGGCGUGAUUGUCUCCAAGGGCGGUGCUGGUACCGCAUCCGCCAAUUGCAGCAGUGCCGCGGGGGUGCCAGUGCUGCACUCCUGUCCAGGCGCAUCACUGCGGGGGCUGGCUGUUGGGCGGGAGUUGGCUCGUACUAGACCCGGAGCGAGCUCGACGUUGCUUAGCCGCAUUGGCUGGUACCUACCUACCUACCUGACUCCCUGGUAGGUAUCUAGGCGUCUCUAGGUACUGCCCUGGUAUUUGUCGUGCCGCGCCGCCUCCCCUUUCCACCCAUCGCCGCCCCUUCAUGUUCCCGCCUGCCGCCCUGACCAGGUGACGGUGAAUCGGGACCUCCAAGCCAACGGCAACUGCCCGCCGCCGACGCGGGCACCGCCACCAUGGGCCGUAAACCGAACGCCCUGAUUCUCCAGUUCUUCGAGCGCGGCCCCAAGCUGGCCGACAACAGCAACCGCUAUCCCCACACGUGCAAGUCCUGCGGCGAGAACUUCCCUAAGGGCCGCAUCGACAGCCUCACUACCCACCUGACCAGGAAGUGCCCCGCAAUCUCCGAGAGCGACCGCGUCAGGGCCUGCCUCACCAUCCAUGGCUUCACCAAGGCCGCCGCCGAGCAGGGCACCAAGCCCGUUCCCGUCCACUCGACUCCCGCCCGUCCGCCCGCCGACGCGCCGCCCCCUGACCACGACCUGACCCAGCGAGACUGGACCGCGCUUGAGACGCUCGCCGAGGUGUCGCGCCAGAUCGAUCUGAGCGAGAAGCAUGACGACCGAGGCAUCCCCGCCGGCGUCCUCACCACAGCAGAUAUCGGCGCCGAAGUCGCCGACCGCUUCGACGCCCAAGACCACUUCGUGGCGGUUGACCCCGGAGCCGUGGGUUUCAAGGAGGAGGCUGGUGCUGUACCACUCCAAGAGCACGUCGCACAGGGCGAAGACGCUGCAACUGGGUCGCCUCCAGUUGAUGUGGACAGGGAAGAGUUGACUGCCGAGCAGCAGAUUCACGCGCUUCUCCAGUCCUCGGAGCCUGCCUCUCAUUCUACAGCCCUCAGCGUAGCUGCAGCAGCAACCGCAAGGCUGAAUCCGCAACUCUUAGACCCGCAGCUCCGCGAAACCAACGCGCUCGCUAUUCUACAGUCCACUGAGGUCCCUCAGGGGGACAUUGUGAUGGAGGACGGUACGGACGUGACCCAGCAACAGCCAUGGGGCGAACUCACACAGUCUGACGCGCUCGCAAUCUCCAUGCGCGCCUCGCAAGCAGCCGACUCUCUCCUGGGUCCCCAGAUGAUGGUCAAGGGUGGCUUCCGCUUGUCGAGCCCCAACAGCGGCAAAGCCCGACACUCUCGCUCGCGCUUCGACGCCCACCGGCGUAAAGAGGUGCAGGAGGUGCGCAAGAUUGGAGCUUGUAUACGAUGCAGGAUUCUGCGGAAGACAUGCUCGAGAGGGCACCCCUGCGACACCUGUAGGAAGGUUUUGUCCCCCCGCAUCUGGAAGUCAGGCUGCGUCAGGACCAAGUUCUCAGAGCAGCUGGAUUUAUACUCGGCCGGCGUGCAGAUCGUGCUCAACCAGCACCGCUUAAACGAUCUGAAGGCUCACGUUGAUUUCGCCGACCAGGGGACUGUUCUUGAGCUCUCAAUCUUCCCCGAGAGCAACUUCAAUUUCACAGUCCACGCCCUGCAGAGCACGGGCCCCAAGGAAUGCCUGACGGACGAAUCUGGCGCCCCGUCGACACCCUGGGCUAAACAAGACCUUCUCAUGAUCGACUCGGACAAGGAAGACGUGCAGGCCAAGGUGGAACUGUAUAUGCGGAAGGUCCUGCACGAGUUUGUGGAACGAGAAAAGUCAAAGUUCGCUCGCAUCACCCUAAAUACCGCCCUCAGCCUCAGCCACAAGACGCAGGACGAGCUCCUCAAAAAGGCCAUAGAGCUGUGGGGGCUGGUUGAGAUUCUCGACCGUGAACGACAGUGGCACAUCCUGGCUCGGUACGGCGGCCCCGAGGGCAAGACGCGCUGGAUCAGAGACAACACAGACCAGGAUUGCUUCACAACCGUCUGCCUCCAGCUGACGGCCGCGGCCGAAAGGAAGGCAGCCCAGACCAGCAAGCAGCUCCUGACGGGCAUGCAGCGAGUGCUUCAGGAUAGCAAGACCAAGAUUGACCACAACAUGUUUUUCACAACCCUCAUCCUACUCAACUGUAUCGAAAAGACAACGUGGGCGUUCAAGGCGUGGGAGCAGGACACUCUGCAGCCUAUGUGGCCGCUCGAGAAGGCCCCAGUGAGCUUUACCCAGCAAGGAUAUAUACUUGCAGACCUCCUCAAAAUGCUCCUCGGCAUCAGGAAAGUGCUGCCUCGAACCUUCUGCAGGGAGCCAGGCGGGAUGCUUGCCACACAGGAGCCUGCAUUGCACGAGUAUUUUCACGAUCUUGAUCUCAAAUAUGCCGAAGUCCAAGCAAAGCAAGAAAAUCCAAUCUUCUCCCCAACCGACUCUCGAUCGCUCGAACUUUUGUUCUGCUCAACGCUGCUGCUCUCCAAUGGGGAGUGACGCAGCUCAGCAGAGUGCUCUCCCCGUAACUGGUGGCACCCUGUACACGCUGUCUCUCCUCCCUGCUACCCUCUCCUUCCUGUCUCCCACGAUCUUACGAGUCAAAUGGCCUUCCUACCACAACACUUGCGAAUACCCUAUAUCUGCCUGACCGCUACGGGUAUCCUAGUAUAUUGCUACAAGGGGAACAAGCCGGGCUGUCAAAUAUUAUUCUUAUGAGACGCCUCUUUUCUGCGAGGCGGGAGCCUUGUGGCUUUAUUGGGCAUCGGAUACUGGACUGUUUAUAAUUAAUUGGCACCUGAACCUGUGUGGCGUUUUCCUUGCUGACACUAACCACGCAUUGGGUGUUUUUCUUUUCUCUUCUGGCGGCGGUCGAGCCUUGCUAUGUGUCGGAUUCACGUAUCGGGAUGAAUGAAUGAUGGACAAACACGAGACCUAGAAAGACCAUAAUACCCACGGCGUUGUGAUUCCCUAGAUUGUCUAUCAUGGCC